UUAGAGCAAGGUGACUGCUGAUGCAUAAAAGUUGCUGUCAGUGGUUCAGUUAGAGGAAUAGUAUGGUUCUGUCUGUUGUUUCUUUAUCUUCUCAGGACACCUCUAAGGACUAACUUCCCCUCUCUUGUGACUGCCGGUGGCUGUUGAACUGUGAAAAAGCAACACAGACCACAGAGAUCAUGGCUUCUGUGACUACUAUGUUGAAUGAAAAAUCAAGCCCUAAUAACAGUGAAAGUGAAAGUGAGAGUGAUUCUGAAAUUGAUAACGAUGACGACAGUGAGACCACGGAGAGCUUGUUCUCAUUUGAUCAAUCUGAAGAAGAAGAUCAUCUAAGCUCAGAAGAAGACAUAAUAGAAGAGCCAGCUUCUGGGCACUUACCAUGUUUAACUGAAUACAAGAAAAUUCUGAAUGAGCUCUCUCUGUUAAUUUGGAAAACUCUGUCAAAAUCUAAAAUGGUGAACUUACUUCAAGACUUCGUUGAGUCUGAAUUUUUUUUGAUUGAUGGAGAUUCAUUAUUCAUCACUUGUGUUUUUAAUGUGAACUUCAAGGAAGGACAAACUCUUCACUUCUUCUAUAUUGUAGAACAAUUUCUGCAUGAUUUCAUUCAAAAAGAAGCCAGAUUUGUAAUAGUUUUCUUUAAGGAUGCAGAAAAUAUGUAUUUUAAUUACCCUGAGCUUCUGGCCCUUCGUACCAUAUUGAUUCAACAUUUAGAAUAUAAUACUGAUGUCACUAUUUAUACAGAAUUUUCCAACUGUUUGUCACCAGAAUGGGAGAUAUUUCUUAAAGAAUGUUAUCCGUAUUUCCUAAUUGUUUCAGAAGAGGGAAUAACUCCUCAUCAAACUGACUUCUUAAACAUUUUUAUCAUUCAUGCUCUUUACCAGAAAAUCAAUAUUGUACCGUCUUCAGAAAUAGAGUCAGAUGUCCUUAGAAUCUAUGGACACUAUGCCUCAAGUUGCUAUUUACACAAACAAUUUUUUGAAAAGCAUGAGAUACAACUGCGACAUGUCUUACAGGUCUACGUAAGAGAGUAUUAUCAAAAAUCACAGGAAACAGAAAUAGUUCUGUAUGGUCAUUUGAAACUAAACUUGGGAUACGUACAGAAAGAGGUAAUGACACAUUUACCUGGAAUUAUCAAUUAUCAGUUAGGAGAAGACGGCUUUGAACAUCAGGCAGAUACAUCAUAUUUGUUUCAGAUGCCUCCAUGGCUACUGAAAAGUAUAAAUCAAACCUUGUCCUUGCUUCAGAAUUUAUUGCCAGAAGGAGCUGAUAUCAGAAGUGUUGUCUGCUCCAUUUCAUGCUCUGUAACACUAAAACUCUAUAAAAAAAUGUUACAUAAUGCACAAGACUGUGAAAACCUAAACACAGGCACAGAAAAUCAUAACAUGCAGGACUUGAAGAAACCACCUACACUAAAUGAAGCAGCCGAUCUUUGCAGAAUGCACUGUCUUAGUGUGAUUUUCCUUCAACAUUUACCCCUGUCGCAAAGAGCUAAGAGUAGAAUCAUUACUUAUAUUUGGGACAGAACACUUCUACCAUUUUUAAAUAUGCUAAAGAAAUGUACAUUUUUCAUCCUAAAACAAUUAAAGGCUAGAAAUAAUUGGGAUGUGAAUUUCACUGGCCUGCCUGACUUAACUGAUACUAGUUUGUGGAAAAAUAUUGCUUAUUAUUAUGAAAUUGAAUAUAAUAGAGGACUAAAUUUGGGAUUAGGUGACACUUUGAUGCAGGAGUAUCAGAAGUUGUGGAACAUAGUCUUAACAUUAUCGGGGGACGAGGAUUUCGGAGGACCCAUACCCAUUAGGACAACAACCAGACUGUUCCUUACACAGAAAGAAACAACACCUAGAGGAUCAAAUCAAGAAAUUCAAAAAUUGGGACUCAUUCCUCUGAAAGCUGAGAUUAUAGAAGAUUAUGCUGGAGAUAUUUUGUCGGAACUACCUUUUCUAAGCAGUGAUGACCCAGCUGUUAUAUCUCUUUCUAAGAAGAAAGAAUUUGAUGAACUCAGACAUUGGCAUUCUUUUAGACUUCUCAGUGAUGAUUUUGAAAGGACUAGCUGCAACAGUGAUGCUAAAUCCAAAGAUGCUAAAGAAAGAAGGGAAAUACAGAAAUUACAUCUUUUUUAUCACAUCUUGGGAAAAUCUUUGAUGGGAAGUAACAGAUCAGUAAAGUUUAUAACAAGAGGAACUCUACCACCUCCCAAAAAUUCUUCCAUGAAAAAAAAAACAAAACACCAGAAGACAAAUGCAGAAAAAUUUAUUGAGGAAAAUCAAAAGAGACAACUAGCUAAACUAGAGAAAAGAGAGGAAGAAAGAUGGAAUAACUUGUCCUUACAUAUUGAAAAGGAAAUUAAAGAAAAUUUUAAUUCUGGAAUAAAAAGACUAGAAAAUUUUCUCCAGACAUGCCCUGUUAAGUCUGUAAAAUUUACUGCAGAAAUGGUAGGAUUGGAUACCUGUUUCAAAUUAUGGAUGGAAUGCUGUUUAAAACCAGAAGCAGAAUCCAGAGAUAUAAGCAUAAUAAUUAAUUUGAUGAAAAAGGUUUACAUACUUCAUGAAAAAUAUUCAGAACUACUACAAAAUAUACAUCGACAAAAAUUAGCCAAAUAUCUAAAAUAUAUUGGAUUUGACAACUUAGCAUACUCAUUAUGUCCUCAGGUGCAGGAAUCAGAUACUAAGAAGGAUAUUUCUAAAUAUUCAGUUCACAUGGGAGCAGCUCGGUUUCAGUUAACACACAUGAGCCCUUACUUAUUUCGAGAAGAAAGAAGUGAUCCGGAUCCCAGGGUUCAUCAUUUUAUACCCGACACAUGGCAGAGAGAACUUCUUGAUGUUGUAGAUAAUAAUGAAUCUGCUGUAAUUGUUGCCCCGACGUCAUCAGGGAAAACCUAUGCUUCUUACUACUGCAUGGAGAAAAUCCUGAGAGAGAGCGAUGAAGGGGUGGUUGUGUAUGUUGCUCCAACAAAGGCUCUUGUUAAUCAAGUGGUAGGAACUGUCUACAGUUUAUUUACCAAAACAUUGCCAAAAGGAUUAGUGGUGUGUGGAGUUUUUACAAGAGAUUACCGUCAUGACACCUUGAAUUGUCAGAUAUUGGUGACAGUACCUCAGUGUUUGGAAAUACUCUUGCUAUCACCUCAUAGACAACAGUGGGUGAAAAGGAUGAGAUAUGUCAUAUUUGAUGAGGUUCACUGUCUUGGGGGAGAAAUUGGAGCAGAAGUUUGGGAACAUCUUCUUGUGAUGAUUCGGUGUCCUUUUCUGGCACUUUCUGCUACUAUCAGUAAUCCUGAACAUCUGACUGAAUGGUUGGUGUUAAUUAAAAGAUACUGGCAACAUGUUGAGAGCACAAUGGAAAAUUCUGAUCCAUCACAAAAUGCCUUGAAAGUUUCAAAGAAACAACAAAGAAAAAGAAUAGAAAAGCCAUCAUACAGAGUUAGACUGGUAUGGUACAAAGAGCGAUACAAUGAUCUAGAGAAGUAUGUGUGUUCCCUAAAGGAUAACGACUUUAUCAUUGAACACUAUCACCCAUGUGCUGCACUCACCGUCAACCAUAUAAAGAAAUAUGGAAUUCCUUUAGACCUUGGAUUUUCUCCACGGGAAAGCAUAUUGCUUUAUGAUGCUAUGGUACACGUUUGGCCAGAAUGGACAAGAAUGCAGGAGUUAGAACCUGAAGAAUUCAGCUGCUUCAAAAAUAAAAUAGUAAUCACGAGGGCAGAUGCCAAGAAAUAUGAGGAAGAACUAAAAAAGGAGAUAAUUCGUUGGAUUCAGCUGGACCCAAGCAAGGUGAAUCAGUUACUAAAGUACCUUAAGCCUCAAAAUUUUGACAAUCUAGAAAUUGAAAGUCAAAAAAUGUUUCCUUGUUUUGUGGAAAAACUUAAAGAAAUGGAUAAGCUGCCUGCAAUAUUUUUUUCAUACAACAUUCAUUCAGUGGAAAUAUUGGCUUCACGACUUCUUACGAAUCUGAUAAGUAAACAAAUUACUCACAAUGAUCCAAAUUCUGAAAGAAAGAAGAAAAAUUUGACCAAGAAACUGAGGAAAGCAAGAAGUUCUCAAAAAAGAAACAUUUCUACUUUUUUAAAUUCAGAUUCAGGCGCUAGAAUUCAAAGAAUCAUUUUAUUGGCAGCUGAAAUAAAAGAAAUUAAAAAAAACCUUAAGAAGUAUAAUGAAUUUUCUCCAGACUGUACUUAUACUGAUUCUACAGUUGUAGAUAAUCAGACUUUAGCAAAGAUCUUACGCAGAUUGAAAGGAACAAGACAAGGCUACAAACUGCACAGUCUGUUAAAACGGGGCAUUGGAUAUCAUCACGGUUCAAUGGAAUAUAAACAAAGACAAGUUGUAGAGAUGCUUUUCAGACAGAAGCAUGUCAAGGUGGUAAUAGCUACCUCCUCCCUUGCUUUGGGAAUUAAUAUGCCAUGUAAAUCUGUUGUUUUUAUAGAAGAUUCUGUUUUUCUGAAUGCCUUGAACUUUCGACAGAUGUCAGGUCGUGCAGGAAGACGUGGAGAAGAUCUUAUAGGGAAUGUGUUUUUCUAUGGUAUUCCGUUACCUAAGAUAGAAAGAUUCUUGAAGUCAAACGUGCCCAAGCUGAAGGGUCAGUUUCCUCUAAGCAUAUCCUUGGUUCUCAGACUCAUGCUGUUAAUUGCCAAAGCAGAUGACAAAGAGGAUGCUAAAGCAAAGGCAUUAUCUGUUCUCCAACAUUCAUUGAUGUCCUUCAAGCAACCAAAGAUCAAGUGCAUGUUAAAGUUUUACUUUAUAUAUUCUUUGCAAUUUUUGGCCACAGAGGGGUACCUGAAUUCAGAGUGUAUUCCCACUGGGUAUUCUGGACUUGUGUCCCAUUUGCACUACCAUGAACCUGCCAACUUUGUUUUAGUAAGCUUGCUGGAGAAAUGUUUAUUUCACAAGUUGUGUAUUCCAAUCAACAUAGAUGGGCAAAAGACAUUUUCUCAAGAUGUGAUGGAAACCUUAGUGGUGGUGUUAGCAAAUCUUUUUGGAAGACGGUAUCUUCCUCCCUGUGUGAAAAACUUGAAAAAGAAAUUUGCUCAUUCAGUGAAAAUUCUAGAUGCUCUUCCCAAGGAAUUUGCUACAGUGGUAGAAGAACACAAUAACAGAAUUAGAGAGAAUUUUGGUUCCUUUCUCCUAUCAAUUUCUAAUUUGGCUGACAUGAGAAAAGAGUACCAAUUACCUCUCUCAGAAAUUGAUUUUUCCAGUAAAGAAUGUGAAGAUUCUGAAUUGGUCUCUCAUUUGAUGCCUGGGACUGAAAGUAGAACUGCUGUCUCCCCGUUUGCUUGCCUGUCAGAUAUAACCGAUCAAGAUUUAUUUGAUAUGGAUGUGGUAAAUGAUGUUAAGCUACGAACAAUUUAUGUCAAUGUUGAAAACGUUCCUUUCCUUUCCUUGGUAAAAUGUAAUAGAAAUGGAAGGAAGUGUCCAUUGAAUGGUUAUGCAUUGAAUUUCUACAAAACCGGUUCCCUGUCAGCACUCACUGUGGAUAACGGGUAGGACCUUUUUCUAUUUUAACACUCUUUACAGACAUAAGUGCUUUUGGAAUUAAUGUUCAUCAUGCUGUGGCAUUAUAACUUAUGAAGAUAAUUUUAAGAUGCAAUAAUUUGAGUCAUGAAGAUAUGAUUUACUUGGAACUACUUUUAAAAUGCUAUUUAUUAUUAUUAUUGAGAUGAAGUUCACAUAACAUAAGUUAACCAUGUUAAAAUGAACAAUUCAGCGACUUUUGGUAUAUUCAUAAGAUUGCACAUAAACCACCUCUAUCUAGUUGCUAAACAUUUUUAUUAACCCAAGGACACAGUCUGUAUCCAUUAAGCAGUAAGUCCUGUUCCUCCCAUCCCACAACUUCUGGCAGCUGCCAAUCUGCUCUCCAUCUUUAUGGAUUUACCUAUUUUUUUGAGCGUUUGUGUCUGACUUCUUUCACUAUAACAUUUCAAGAUUUUAGCAUUAUCAGUACUGUACUCCUUUUUAUAGCUGAAUAAUAUUCCAUUGUAUGUGUAUAUACAAUUAGUUUAUCUAGGUGAUGAACAUUUGGGUUGUUUCAGCUUUUGGUUAUU